AAAAAAUGUCAAUGUCAGCUGUUUACCGUAUAUACAUUGCCAAAUAUCAUUUUGUGAUUUUUAACAUUUCGAGAUAAAACAUGGGUGGACACGGACAUGGUGAACCUUACAAAGUACCUCACCCAUCUGUCUUUAAAGUGGAAAAUUCUUGGCAAUUAAAACAAGUGCAAGAGGCUUUAGCUCGUCAAGGAUUAUGUGACCCUUGGUUAAGAAAUGAGGUCUGGCGUUAUGAUGAGAAACAAUGGGGUAAAGGCCCAGGUACUCGUUUUGGUCGCUUAUUCUUCCGUGGUUUCAUUUGGGGAUUUGCAGCUUUUGUAGUCACAAUUGGUGCUGAAUAUGCAUUAGGUAUGAAUAAAGGUCAUGGACAUGGACAUGGUAAUGGUGAUGAGCACAGUCACGAAAAGAAGGAUGAUGAACAGUAGAAGUAAUUGCGUUGUAAAUACACUUAUUUACAUACAAAUCAUUGUGAUUCUUAUAAACACAACUACCAAUAAAUACAAUUAAUUACUUAAAACAAUA